AUGCAGGAAUUCAAGGAAUCCCAUACCGGAAACGAUAAAGAGCCAAACAACCUGGUUACGGAGGAAGUAGCCAGUGACGACUUAUCCGCAGAUAACGUCGGCGGAAAUAUAGAUCCCGACUCUGGCGUGAAGCGUGGCCUGAAAAACCGCCACAUCUCGAUGAUGGCCUUGGCGGGCAUCAUCGGGCCCGGGCUUUUAGUUGGAGCGGGCCGUGCACUAGCUAAUGGAGGGCCUGCGUCCCUGAUCAUCGGCUUUGGCGUUAUCGGAGUUAUUGCCUUUAGUAUAAUGCAGUCGUUGGGCGAAGUCACCACUCUUUAUCCUUCGGGAGGUGGGUUCAUUACUUUGGGCGCACGAUUCAUCAACCCCGCUUUUGGUUUUGUUGUUGGUUGGAAUUAUUUCAUUGUCUGGAUUGCAGUCCUAGCAAACGAAUACAAUGCGAUUUCCUCCGUGCUCUACAGCUGGUCUGAUAAGGUUCCCAUCUACGGCUAUUUCCUCUUGUUCUGGACCGCGUUUGGCGCCUUUCAAAUGCUAGGCGUGGCGGCAUUUGGUGAGAGUGAGUUCUGGCUGGCUUUGAUCAAACUGUUGGGUCUUGCUGCCUUUUUUAUUUUUGCGAUUGUCUAUGCCGCCGGUGGGGUCAGUAGCCAUCCAGCCUUUGGCUUCCAUUACUGGAAUGAUCCGGGAGCAUUCUCAAACGGAUUUCGCGGUGUUGCCACUGUGUUUGUUUUCUGCUCAACCUUUUACGCUGGAGUCGAAUCUGUAGCCUUGACGGCCACUGAAUCAAGGAAUCCCUCCAAGGCUAUCCCGAAUGCCAUCCGUCAGGUAUUAUGGCGUAUCGUUUUUGUUUAUAUGGGCUCCGCCAUCACUUUCGGCAUGACUUGUCCCUGGGAUGAUCCUCUGCUCAAGGGUGGCGCGACGAAGGCCCUUCAGAGCCCCAUGACCUGUGCUAUUCAACAUGCUGGCUGGGCCGGCGGUCACAACCUAAUCAAUGCGUUCAUCCUUGUUACCUGUCUGUCCGCUAUCAACUCCUCAAUUUAUAUUGGUUCACGUACAGUGCUCCAUCUUGCCCACAUGGGCUGUGCGCCAAAAAUUUUCAAGUAUACGACCAAGAGCGGUGUUCCCGUAUAUGCCAUCAUUUUCACAAACUUGUUUGGCUUCCUCUCCCUUAUGAACAUUUCCACAGGUGCCGCUGAAGCUUACAACUAUAUUGUGAACCUUUCGGGUGUUUCAACGUUCAUUGUGUGGGCAGGUAUUGCUUUCACAGCGGCUCGCUUCAGAUCCGCAUGGAUCCGGCAGGGGCACACCGUAGAGGAGCUGCCGUACCGCUUCCGGCUGAAUCCUUUCAACUCAUAUUUCGGGUUCUGUGUCAAUAUUUUCCUUGCAUUUGUUCAAGGCUGGUCUGUGUUCUCUCCUUUCGAUGCUGGCAAUUUUGUCGACUCCUACAUUCUUCUCCCAGUAUCAGUCCUAGGUUAUUUGGGCUUUGCUUGGUGGACCAAACAGUUCAAGUGGUUCCAGCUAGAAGAGAUUGAUUUGAAUACAGGUCGUCGUCGUGACUUGGAUGGGCUUAGUGAAGAACAGACUCUUGACACAGAGGCCGAACCGGAAGACAAACCGCCGGCUGGUCUAAAACACCGAGUGAAGAAGCUUUGGUCAGGCUCUUAG